AUGAUCGCCUAUAUCAUCGUGCACAUUAGAGGGGGCAAGAAACUGCGUAUUCAGACCAUGCCGAACAUGCUCCUACGCCAAGUCGUCCACACCGUCUGUAAGACACGCAACGACCGUCAUCCAGAGAGCUAUACUUUGAGGAAAGGAGACUACGACCUCGACCUCUCCUUGACAAUCCACAAAGCCGGGGUCACCUCUGGGUCACGACUCCACCUCGUCAAGCGUUUCAGUGGAACCUCCCCCGCAAAGUGCACCGACACAUUCCUACCCUCCGCCUCCAGCUCGCUUCACCGACGUCUCGCAAAAUCUGAACGUACUUCGCCAAAGUAUGUUCCCUUCCACCACAGUUUGGAGUCAAGCACAUUUGCAGUAUCAGCCGACUUUGAAUCGGGAACAGGAGUCGUUCGAGUGUUGAUGCCCCAUCUGAACGCAGGAUUCGAUCUUUUCAUGUCCGGUUACGACGAUAACGACGACGUCAACAUCAACGAGAGCUCGGGUAUUUGGAACUUCGACCUCGCUACCCCACAGUCUUCUUCACCUUCGACAACUCAGUCAAGUACAGGACCAGCUUUCACCACACUCUCAUCCUCCUCCAACAACAAUACGUCCGCAUCUCCAACAGAGCCCACUUUUUUCAGUCCAGCUCCAAUUGCACAACCCAACAACGACAAGCCUCUCAGCGAAAUCGUCUCUAUCCCCACUCCAUACACCAUGCCCGUUCCCAGUUUAACACCCCGCACUGGCAUUGUGGCGCCUCUUUGUCGCGAUGGUCAUCUCCCCAGCAGCGGUAACGGAGGCAACGGGUCCGACGGCGAAUCCAACCGCCAAACGCCAACUCAGGAUAUCAAUGCAGCGAUGAUUGAAGCCAACCAAGAGAUUCGUCAGCGUUUGGAGCAGCAGACCCAGGAGGCAUUGACGGAUCGAGUGAGAUGUCUCUCCAAGAACUCGGACAGCUCGUCUGAUAAGGAUCGGUUCCUCCGAAGCAUGCAGGGAAGUCCAACCAGCAAGAAGAACGAGCAGGAUGAUAUUGUUCGCCAAAUCGCACUUCGUGUCAGCCGGAUGUUGAAGGAGGCUGAGGAACGUGGUGAGGCUCCAUUGGACUAUCAGACCCUCAUCGCUCAGGAGAUUGCCAAGGAACAACAGGCUGGAAUGCUGAAUUUGUAG